AUGCUGUUUUGGGUGACAUUGUAACCUUCUUAAAAACUCAAUAGAACCAAAACAAGGUAAAACUACUCCCCUUUGGAGACGCCUGGCAGAUGUGUCAUGGAGAGGGAGCAACAACACUGACACCUAGUGGACAUUUGCAAAUAUUACAGUAAAAAAAGUCUCAGCAGCUUCCUGUGAGAUUUGAAUACUCCGCUGAUGGACCCUCCUUCGUACGAGGAGGCCACAACCCAGCCGUAUACUUUGAGCCCUUCCACCGUCAACGACCAAGAUCCCCCUUCUUAUCAAGCCGCCUGCCCCUUGGGGGCUCCUCUCCCUUAUGAAGCGACCACCGUCAUCCAGCAACCCGAUCCUUUCCCCGUCUUGACUGUGCCCGCCUCGCCGACCCAAGUCAUCGUUCAUCAGCCGACACUUGUGAGCGGGAGGCUGGACGUCGGCGUCAGACCAAGGGUGGCGGUGUCUCAGCCACAGAGCGUGCACCCUAUCCCCAUCUGCCAGCUGCGCGAUAAGCCCGGUCUUGUCCACUGUUCGAAGUGCAACCAGUCGGUCACCACCAGGGUCCAACGGCGUCCCAAUUCGUUUGCCGUCACUCUAUGCGUCGUGAUCGGCGCCAGCUUGUUAAUUUGCGGGUGCUGUCUGAUUCCAUUCAUGAUACCAAGCAAUUGGGUUGUUCACCACUACUGUCCACUAUGCGGCGAGCAUCUCUAUUCACACGAUUGUCAAUAACAUGGCGUCGGAAACCAUACGACCCCCAAGAAGCUUGUGAACUCACAAUAUCUGUAUUUGGACAAAUCUUUGGACUGACACAAAUGUGUUUUAUGGACCCUUUUGCUGUUAAAAAGAGAAUUGAUAAGAACAGGAUAGGGAUGGGUACUGAAUCUGGUACUUUUUUGGCACAGACCGAAACCCGCCGGUCCUACUGGGCAUCGAUUCACGAAAGCGAAAGUACGUUCGGGUAAAGUUUCCAACAAUGCCAACAAAGAAAUUGACUGAAAAGAACGCUCCAACGUCAGUAAAGUAAGGAUGCACUUUUCCAAAAAUACGCUAGCUUGAUUGUAAUGUACAUUGGCUUGCUUUUGACAUGUGACUUCAUAGCAUUAUCAAUUUUACAUGGCGAUUUCAAAUUUGGUAAUGAAAACUACGACUAAGAAGAACGUUCCACCAAGCAGCUGGUGCGUUUUAAGUAAAAUACUUACAGUAUUAACACUUUUUAGGCCAUGACAAAAGACUGGACUGCAAAGACUGAACAUUUAUUAACACACUCAAAAGUAUCAAAAACUGGUACAGUUCCCAGGUACUAGGAAUUGUAACCAUAUCAGUUCAAAUGUGAACGGUACUCAUACCAAGAACAGGAUUAUUCAGUGCAGACGUUGAUGAGUAUCUGAGGGUGUCAAAUAAAAAAUUUUUUUGCAAAUGAUUGUACAAAUGUGUAAAAAAAAUUUUUUUUAAUGAAUGGUUCUAAAAAUUCCUUCAAAAAUGUAUAGAUGUAUUCAAAUGCUUUCAAUUCUUUCUUUCAGUUAGCACUUAGCAUACGUUUAACACACCAGUAACCAGCUGUUAUAUUUAUUAAAAGUAUUGUAUUCUUAUUGCUCUUACUCGUCAUUUGUUUUGUAUUUCAAGGUAGUUUUGUUAAAGGUCUGUUGACAAAAGAGCAGCUAGCUUAGAAUGUUUUUUUUUUAGGUACAGUCAAUUGUUACUAUAUUUUUGCU